CGUGGGCGGGACCCAGGCUGUCAGGAGAGGAGGACUGCGGCGUACGGAGGUUCGGAUUAAGUCUUUCUCUGUGUUCUGCACUGGCGCUGAGGUCCAAACUCCUCGGAACUCCCCGGUUCCUGCCACCAGGCAUCUCUUGCUUUCCCUGCGCCACCCCUUCCUCUGCCCCUAGGCCUGGGACACCCUUCCGACAGGAAGCGGCUCUUCCAGCCCCAGAAACGCCGGGCACUGGGUUUUCUCCCAGCUGCUCCUGCUGUCAACAGGGGCCCUACAUGGCGUCACCGGCCUCCACCAACCCAGCACAUGACCACUUUGAGACCUUUGUGCAGGCACAGCUGUGCCAGGAUGUACUGAGUAGCUUUCAGGGGCUCACAAGAGCCCUGGGAGUGGAGUCUGGUGGGGGAUUGUCCCAGUACCACAAGAUCAAGGCCCAGCUCAACUACUGGAGUGCCAAGUCACUGUGGGCCAAGUUGGACAAGAGAGCAGGCCAGCCUGUGUACCAGCAAGGCCAGGCCUGUACCAACACCAAGUGUCUCGUGGUAGGUGCCGGGCCUUGCGGACUUCGGGCUGCUGUGGAGUUGGCACUGUUAGGUGCCCGAGUGGUGCUUGUGGAAAAGCGUAUCAAGUUCUCUAGGCACAAUGUGCUCCAUCUCUGGCCCUUCACCAUCCAUGACCUUCGGGCACUUGGGGCCAAGAAGUUCUACGGGCGCUUCUGUACUGGCACCCUGGACCAUAUCAGCAUCCGACAGCUUCAGCUGCUUCUACUGAAGGUGGCCUUACUGUUGGGGGUGGAGAUUCACUGGGGCGUCAAAUUCACUGGCCUCCAGCCCCCUCCCAGAAAAGGGAGUGGCUGGCGUGCUCAGCUCCAGCCCAACCCCCCAGCCCAACUGGCCAACUAUGAGUUUGAUGUCCUCAUCUCAGCUGCAGGAGGCAAAUUUGUCCCUGAAGGCUUUACCAUACGAGAGAUGCGUGGCAAACUGGCCAUUGGCAUCACAGCCAACUUUGUGAAUGGGCGCACGGUGGAGGAGACACAGGUGCCGGAGAUCAGCGGGGUAGCUCGGAUCUACAACCAAAAAUUCUUCCAGAGCCUGCUCAAAGCCACAGGUAUUGAUCUGGAGAAUAUUGUGUACUACAAGGACGAGACCCACUACUUUGUGAUGACAGCCAAGAAGCAGUGUCUGCUGAGGCUAGGGGUGCUGCACCAGGACAUGUCAGAGACUGAUCAGCUGCUGGGCAAAGCUAAUGUGGUACCGGAGGCUCUGCAGCGCUUUGCCAGAGCAGCGGCUGACUUCGCCACACAUGGCAAGCUUGGGAAACUGGAGUUUGCUCAGGAUGCACGCGGGCGGCCUGAUGUGGCGGCCUUCGACUUCACAAGCAUGAUGCGGGCAGAGAGUUCCGCUCGUGUCCAAGAAAAGCAUGGUGCCCGCCUACUGCUAGGGCUGGUGGGGGAUUGCCUAGUGGAGCCCUUCUGGCCUCUGGGCACUGGAGUAGCCCGAGGCUUCUUGGCAGCCUUCGAUGCAGCCUGGAUGGUGAAGCGGUGGGCAGAGGGCGCUGGGCCGCUAGAGGUGUUGGCUGAACGUGAGAGCUUGUACCAGCUUCUGUCACAAACAUCCCCCGAGAAUAUGCAUCGAAAUGUAGCCCAGUAUGGGUUGGACCCUGCCACCCGAUACCCCAAUCUGAACCUCCGGGCUGUAACCCCCAAUCAGGUACAAGACCUCUAUGAUGUGCUGGACAAGGAGCAUGCUCAGAGGAAGAGUGACGAGCCGGACUCCAGGAAGACAACCACAGGGUCCGCAGGCACGGAGGAGCUUCUGCACUGGUGCCAGGAGCAGACAGCUGGCUUUCCUGGAGUCCAUGUCACUGACUUUUCUUCCUCGUGGGCUGAUGGGCUAGCUCUGUGUGCCCUGGUACACCAUCUACAGCCUGGCCUGCUGGAACCCUCGGAGCUGCAGGGCAUGGGAGCUCUAGAAGCCACUACCUGGGCACUGAGGGUGGCAGAACAUGAGCUAGGCAUCACACCAGUGUUGUCUGCACAGGCAGUCAUGGCUGGCAGUGACCCACUGGGUCUCAUUGCCUACCUCAGCCACUUCCACAGUGCCUUCAAGAACACGAGCCACAGCUCAGGCCUUGUCAGCCAGCCCUCUGGAACCCCCAGUGCUAUACUUUUCCUUGGCAAACUCCAGAGGAGCCUACAACGGACCCGGGCCAAGGUAGACGAGGAGACUCCAAGCACUGAGGAGCCGCCUGUCUCUGAGCCCAGUAUGUCUCCAAACACUCCAGAGCUCUCUGAACACCAGGAGGCUGGGGCAGAGGAGCUGUGUGAACUCUGUGGGAAACACCUCUACAUCCUAGAACGCUUCUGUGUGGAUGGCCAUUUCUUCCACCGGGGCUGCUUCUGCUGCCAUACCUGUGAGGCCACAUUGUGGCCAGGUGGCUAUGGGCAACAUCCAGGAGAUGGACAUUUCUACUGUCUCCAGCACCUACCCCAGGAGGACCAAAAGGAGGCUGACAACAAUGGAAGUCAGGAGCUCCCUCCACCAGGAGACAGCAACAUGCAGCCAGACCCCUCCUCUCCUGUACCUCCUGCGACGAGGGUCAGUCCUGUCCCAAGCCCCAGCCAGCCUGCGCGUCGGCUGAUCCGACUCUCCAGUUUAGAACGCCUGCGGCUGUCCUCCCUGAAUAUCAUCCCUGACUCAGGAGCGGAGCCUCCUCCCAAACCCCCACGGAGCUGCUCGGACUUGGCCCGAGAAUCCCUGAAGAACAGCUUUGUGGGCUGGGGUGUGCCAGUCCAAGCACCACAAGUUCCUGAGGCCAUAGAGAAGGGGGAUGAGGAGGAGGAGGAGGAAGAGGAAGAAGAGGAGGAGGAGCCCAUGCCACCUUUGGAGCCAGAGUUGGAGCAGACUCUGCUGACCUUGGCCAAGAACCCAGGUGCCAUGACUAAGUACCCAACGUGGCGUCGCACCCUCCUGCGCCGUGCCAAAGAGGAGGAGAUGAAGAGGUUUUGCAAGGCCCAGGCCAUCCAGCGAAGACUGAACGAGAUUGAGGCCACUAUGCGGGAGCUGGAGGCCGAAGGCACGAAGCUGGAGCUGGCCUUGAGGAAAAAGAGUAGCUCUCCAGAACAGCAGAAGAAACUCUGGCUGGAUCAGCUGCUACGGCUCAUUCAGAAGAAGAACAGCCUAGUGACUGAAGAGGCCGAGCUCAUGAUCACGGUGCAGGAGCUGGAUCUGGAAGAGAAGCAGCGGCAGCUGGACCACGAGUUGCGGGGCUAUAUGAAUCGGGAAGAAACUAUGAAGACAGAGGCCGAUCUGCAGUCUGAGAACCAGGUCCUAAGGAAGCUGUUGGAGGUGGUGAACCAGCGGGAUGCUCUGAUCCAAUUCCAGGAGGAACGGAGGCUCAGAGAGAUGCCUGCAUAGAUGGGAGCCCAGGGCUAGAAGAUGAUGUGCCUCCCUGCCCCGUAAGCAAGACACCAUCACAAGGGCUGUACCUCCGCCAUCUGGACUGCCUAGUCAGAGGCUUCGUUGUUUACAAUAAAAGGAUUAUGACCAUGAA